AUGGCAGCGGCGGCAGAGGCGGUGUCGCGCCCGUUUGACGAGGAAGAAAUGCCAGAUUACUUCCACGGGAACGUCGUCCCGCAAAGUCCCGAGUGGAGGCUGGUCCAGCGUCUCAAGCUGGACAGAGUGGAGACGAGCGGGGCCGAAGGCCCGGCCUUCGUGCUGCGACACAGAACUUCAAACCUCACAGAACACACCACAGAUAGCACGCCUACAGAUCCCCGGGAGAAUGGAGACACACCCACCUCAGGUUCUUCAACCAGUCACCUCAGCACUGCCGAGUGCCCCUCACACAAUGGGAGUGUCCCAGAGUGCGACGAGGAGAGGAGAAAAAAUGAAGAUGACAACGGAGGAAGUGAAGCAGGAGAGGAGAAGGAGCAGGAGGAGGACGAGAGGAGCAGCGACGAAGGUUUCAUGGGAAUGACGCCGCUGCUGCAGGCUCACCAUGCCAUGGAGAGGAUGGAGGAGUUUGUACACAAGGUGUGGGAGGGCCGGUGGCGCGUCAUACCUCACGACGUGCUCCCCGAUUGGCUGAAGGACAACGACUUCCUGCUGCACGGCCACAGGCCGCCCAUGCCUUCGUUUCGCGCCUGCUUCAGGAGCAUCUUCAGAAUCCACACGGAGACGGGCAACAUCUGGACACACCUGCUAGGCUGUUUGUUUUUCCUCUGCCUGGGUAUGAUGUACAUGUUCAGGCCCAACAUGUCGUUUGUGGCUCCGGUCCAGGAGAAGGUGGUGAUUGGGGUGUUUUUCCUGGGAGCCAUCCUCUGCCUCUCCUUCUCCUGGCUCUUCCACACGGUCUACUGCCACUCUGAGGGGGUCUCCAGAGUCUUCUCCAAGUUGGACUACAGCGGGAUCGCCUUCCUGAUCAUGGGCUCCUUUGUUCCCUGGUUGUACUACUCUUUCUACUGCUCCCCUCAGCCCUGCUUCAUCUACCUGAUAGUGGUGUGUAUACUGGGACUGGCCGCCAUCACCGUCUCCCAGUGCGACUUUUUUGCCACGCCGCAGUACAGAGGAGUCAGAGCAGGUAGAGCGAGAUCCGAGCGACGCCACGUCUGCAGAUAUUUCUCCGCGCCGUGUCGUCUUUUGACUUUGGGCUCAUUGUUUUGCUCUCUGUGUUCAGGAGUGUUUGUGGGUCUGGGUCUGAGCGGCGUGGUUCCCAGCCUGCACUUUGUAAUCAGCGAGGGUCUGAUCAGAGCGACCACCAUGGGUCAGAUGGGUUGGCUGCUGCUGAUGGCGACGCUCUACAUCACCGGAGCCUGUCUGUACGCCGCUCGCAUCCCCGAGAGGUUUUUCCCUGGCAAGUGUGACAUCUGGUUCCACUCUCACCAGUUGUUCCACAUCUUGGUUGUCGCCGGGGCUUUUGUCCAUUUCCACGGCGUCUCCAACCUGCAAGAGUUUCGCUACACGGCGGGAGGAGGCUGCGCCGCGGACGGCACUCUCUAACACACGCACAUUCACUCGCGCACAUUGUAUGGGGAGGCACCGGUUCUGCUAAUGUGCACAGAAUUACACACACGCACGCGCUUCUCAAACCAAACGGAAGGUGGAAGCGGCUCGCGCGGCGCGUGUCUGGGUGCCUAUUAAACAGGAGGGCCUCCCGGGCGGCGCUAUUAAAACUGAGGAGGGGUUUUGUUCUCUUUCUGUUCCUCCCUCUGUCUCUCCAUCCAUCCCCAACUCCUCUCGCUGCGUUGCUCUGACUUUGCGACACGGCGCCUUUUGUAAAACAGUUUCCGAGACUCUACCCUUUUCCCGGAAGGAUCUAGGUUUGCUCCGGAGGGGGGCGCGACGCUCAAAACCUCCCGCGUGGAGUCGUGACGUUUAAUAGUUUGAUUUGAAGACGAAGCAUAAUUGUGGCUUUCAAAAAAGAAGGACAAAAAAAAAAAAAAAAGAAGACAUUUUCAGGUUGGUUUUUUUUUGCCGAAUGCUGUUUUUCCAAGUCGCGUUUUAGUGCAUUCCAAUAUGUAAAAAAGAGAAGGAAUUGAGCGGGAAAUGUCUUUGGAUUUGUUCCGUGAGCGCGAAGGUCGCAGGGGGAGAUGUUUGGGCGGGUGGGGGGCGUUAAUAGUCACUUUAAAGCAGAAAAAGAAACCCUUUUCCAUGUAAAUAAGAUUUCUAAAGUUUGGGUUAUAGAUUUGUACGAAAUAAAUGUGGGGGGGGGGAAAAAAUACAAAAAAUAUGUUGCAAUACGACGGCAAGAAGAAAUGAAAGUAUGUCAGACGGUCAAACCAAUUUGUUUGAUCUACAGCCGUUCUAGCAGUGAGGUGCAGUAGAUGCUGCGACUGGAGAGAAGAGAAGCGCUUCAGACGCCGUCACGCGGUUGAGCGUACGCAAGGAGGGGAGGCCGAGACGGAACGCGAGGCGCGACGCGGGAUUCUCGGCGAACGAGCGGCGACUCGGAGACCCGCUCGCGUUUCGUGUCCGGCGACUCCCGAGUCACUUCCCCGACCCCCGAAAGCCGGCAAGCGUAAACGAGGAGACUUGUACAGAGCGUCGGUCGCGCGCUGGGUCGCGCGCACGCGUCUGGUGUCGAACCUGCGGCCUCGCGUGUUUGUUUUUCAAGCGUCACGGAACGGGUGCGCCGAUUCCCCAAAUCAGAGCUCGCGAAUGAAACGUCGUCGCGUGCUUGAAACCAAAUGUAGAGAGUCAAAAGUACGAGGCUUAAAAAAAAGAGGCGUAGCCGUUUUUGUUGAUCCUCUUUCUGUAAAUUGUCUUAUAUUGUAUAUCUAAAGAUGAAACAAAUUUCUAUGCCAUCUAUAGAAGGCGAUCCUGUUUUUUUAUGACGAGCCCUUAGACGACUCCUUAAAACACGUCGCGGAUAACAAAGACAUUUUUAUUGUUUGUUUUAAUUUGUUUUUGUUUGUUUUUUACAAACAAGGCCGCAGAGUCACAAAUGAUAUCCUUUGCGGUACAGUAAUGAAACAGCACAGGCGCAGUUCGUCGUGGUCGUCGUCCUCCUCCUCCUCUGUGACACUUUGUAACAUUGGCAUCCACGCAGAAAAAAGAUACUCUGUCUGAAAACAUGUUUUUGUGUUUUGGUCUCUGACUGGAUUGUAUUUGAAGUUAUCCACUGCUGCUUUUGGUAUUAUCAUUAUUAUUAUUAUUAUGGCUAUAACUAUUAUUUGUGUUAUUCCAAGCUUUAAUUUCACUUUUUCACGUUCUUUUCUCUUUUUCAUCCGUCGGUAUUGCUCAGUUGGAAACCUUCCCGAGUCGCUCUUGACCUAAAAAUAUGCUUCCAAAAAGUUCCGGCAAACUGUUACCAUAACUACUACAGACAAUGACCCUUCAUUUGGAGGUUCAUUCAAGGUGACCUUUUUAAAAGUCUUGCACGGCGGAAACACUCAUUGAUUGAUAUAUUAUUUCGAAUUGUUUGAAAUUUCUCUGAACAGCAAGUUGAAAUAUUGUUUGGAACGAUUGUCAUCUCGUCUUUGCUUUUAAGAAGAAUACUUUGUAUUUUUAUCUCUUUUGAUUUCCCCCCCAUCAUUUUCUGUUUCGAUUUGAUCUAGUUUAUAUUAAUUUAUUUCUCUUGGGGAGCGCACGCUGUCUGUCGAAGCACACGUUCCGUACCGACGGGAGCGCCUGAUUGCAAAAGACCUUUAUAUCUGCUGUAUUGUUGUAAUAAAAAAGUUUUUUUGAAUCUGC